AUGUGGGGUUCUGUUGCUGAAAAUGACAUUCUACAAUUCUUUUCUAUCCAUGCUAGGAAAAUGAGAAGAACUACAAUAAUUGAAAUCUUUUUUCAUCUCCAAAAUGAAAUGGAAUUACUCUUGUACUGUGAUGGUGCUUCUAGAGGUAACCCAGGUAAUGUUGGUUAUGGUUUUAUAGUUAGAAAUCAUUUUGGGGCUUUCAUUUUUGCAGAAUCUGGUGGUCUGGGGGUUACUUCUAAUUGUGUUGCAGAGUUUAUAUCUUGUAUCAAAGCUCUAGAAUGGGCUGUUGAAAACCAGAGUUUCAGAUUAAUCCUGCAAUCAGAUUCCAAGACUUGUAUUAUAGCUUUACAACAACAGAAGAUCCCCUGGUUCCUUUUGGCAAGAUGGCAACAAGUUAUGGCAAGCAUUCACUCAAUAUCUUUCAACCAUGUGUCCAGGGAGGUAAACUUCUCUGCUGAUCAUUUUGCCAAGAAAGGAGUUCACCUACAGAAGGGACAGUGCUUGACUUUCAAUGAGAAACCUAGCAGCCUGACUUGCCUUGAAUUCCCAGAUCAGCCUUAUUAUAGAUUUGUCUAG